GGGGGUGGGGCGAGGGGUUACCAGAAAUGGAACUCGGGACCUCACGCUUCUCGGGGAAGGCGCCCCACCACUGAGUUAAAUCCCCGGGCCCUGUUUUCCAUCGUGAUGAGGUUGUUGGAUGCUCUCUCCUCAGCGCCAGUGACAUACACACUCUGGCACGUACUUUGUGGCGAGUGUGUAUGUGCAGAAGAGCUGAGGGGUCAGAUGGGACCACGCGUACUGGGUGCUGAGUCCCCUGAGUCCGCGUGCCCUGACCUCCACCUCCACUCCCCCCACCCCCAGCUCUUGAUCUCUGCACUGUGUUUACUGGUCCGCCUCCUGCCCAUCUGGUUUCCCUGAGCAGGGGCUGUUCUGCAGCGCAGGGCCGAGGGCACCGGUGAGCCACACCAAGAGCUGACCUGCUUUCCCUUGUUUUCAAACGCGGUGAAAUCACUUCCUGUUUUUCCCUUUUCGGGCUUCUAAGCUUGGCCACAGAAGCCCAACAAAUGUGUCCACGUGAGCCCAGAGCAGGGUAAUCUGCAGCCGCUCUGGCCCUCAUCUGGCAUCCAGUCCACCACCUCUGUGUCAGGAUCCCUGGAGGGCCACAGGCACCUCUCGUGGCCGAAGGCACAGGCCUCCCAGACCCUCGUUCCCUGACCUCCUGGGCUGUCUCGGACCUCGGGGUGGGCCCCCCUGGGAUUGCAGGAGGGAUGGAAGGGCCGGAGAGUCACCAGGAGGUGCUGUGCCCGGUUGCUAGUCCUCAGUGGUGGUAUGUCUGGCAAAGGCGCAGUUGGGGGCAAGCAGCGGGGUGUGGUUGCCCUCACGGUGCCCUAGGGCAGGGGCCGUGAGGGCCCAAGUGGGGGCCCAGUGUCUUUCGGGUCCCGAGACCCGUCAGCCCGAAGAAACCUCAUGCCGCAACGCAAGGCCCGGCCCUGCUCCGCUCCGCUCCGCUCCGCUCUGCGGCAGGCUGCUGGACCCUAGGCCUCGGAGCUGCUCCGUGGCCUCCAUACCCUUCUCAGAGCAGGGUGCCAUGCCUUCUCCCGUCCCCCCACCCCCGGAGGCCGGAGGCCGGAGGCUUCCCCUGGUGCUCUGCAUGGGCUUUGGCCGGGAGAGCUGCUUUGCCAGGUCUCAGGAGGACGGCCUCUUCGUCCUCCCCCGAGGGCUGCCUGGGCUCCAGCGAGUCCUCCCGUGCCUCUCAGUCCUCAGCGUCCCCUCUGUUGAGGUGACCGUGUUCCUGGUCUCCGGCCAGUCCGGACGUUGCUGGGGCCCACCUGGACGCAGCCCCAGCCCCAGCCCCAGCCUAUCUACCCUAAUCCCCGCCGGCCUCUGGGCCUUUGGCCACUGAGGGCCACUCGCUUUGCCUUGCUGGAGGACCCACUUUCCCUGGCUUCAGCCACUUGUGGUUUUGUGGUCUUUCGGGUGCAGGCGUGUUGGUCGCCCCCUACCUCUGCUGCCUGCUUCUCGCCGCCCCUCUGUUGGGAGCCGCGUCUGUGAUAGCUCGCCUUGCGCGGCGGACGUGCGGCCUGUGGUAAAGAGCGGAGCCUGGGGUAGAUUACCCCUCCCAUCAAAUAUGUUAGUUUCCUGCUUACCGCGUAAACAACCCGCUCAACAAUAUAGUCUGCCUGGCAACUGAUGAUGUUAGCCAAUCAGCUUGCCUUGCUUACUUUAACAUGAUUGGACACUGUACCCGUAUAUAUACCGGUGCCACCCCUGGGCGGAAGAAGAAGCCAGAUAGAAGCCCGGAAGUAGAAGCCCAAAAGGAGCCGCGGAGAGCGGACCGGUAGAGGCUUUGGGGCAGACUGAAGCACAAAAGGAGCCGCGGGGAGCGGACCAGAGGAGGCUUCAGCUGGGAGAACCCAGGGCAGGCUGUACGGAGAAGGAAAAUAAAAAGAAAAGGUUGUCCACUACCAGACUUUGUCGUGUGUCCUUCCUGCCGGCCGGGAGCGGACAUCGACAUUUGGAGGCCCGCCCGGGGACUGAUCACCCCCGAGACGUGGAAGUGGACAACGCUCCAGUACAGAGCUGCGAGACAGGUGAGUUGGGGAUAAGCCUGGGCUCUGGGUGGCGCGCACCUACAGGGCUUUUAGACUCCCCUCAGGCUCACGCGUAAGUGGCGGAUUCCUUGGGCCUCACGCGGUGAGUAACAUAUUAAAAAAUGGGAAACAUGCUAGGUAGCGGCACUAAGAGCGAGGGUGGUUGUGGAGAAAGCUCUCAAGAGCUUACAAAAGUACGCAGGGUAUCUGAGCAGGCCCAGUCAGGGAGCUCCCGAGAGGUGUCUGUCAAGGGGAACAAGGAUGCUAAGGAGGAGGACGGGGCUCUAGCCUCGGAGUCGUCUGACUCCGAGGACGAGGGAAAGUUGAAUGGCAAGGAGGCCAAAGAGACCAGCUGUCAGGAGCCUAAAUCGCUCAAUAAGGAGUCGCAGGGUUCUUUUCCAGCGUUGCCCCGCGAAUUGCGCUCUGCUCAACCUGGUCUGCGGAGGAGUAGAGAGCUCCUGAGUGCGCCCCGGCGCGAGAGGGAGGCGGUCCCUCGCCACGAGGCGGCCGCCUGGGAGCUCCCUCCCCUUUCGCCAGAACAGGAAGUGAUGCACGGGCCCCCAUUUUCCGCCCAAUCACGGCCGCCGUCUUAUGCUCCGCCACCGGCGGGUCGGUAUUUUUACAGGCGGCUUUGGCAGGGGGGACGCUUGUCUCAUGAGGUACAUCCACCUGGGAUAGAUAGUGGCCCCUACGGGAUAUUUCCUGUACAAGUAGCUAUGGGCCAGGGACGCAAUGUAUGGGAGCCUUUUGAGAUAAAGCAGAUUAGAGAACUUAAAAAUGCAGUUACAACCUUUGGGCCGACUGCGCCUUACACCAUUGCCAUGCUGGAGAACCUGUCUUCUGGGCCCCUCACCCCCGCGGACUGGAUUCAGCUGGCAAAGGCGUGUCUGCCCUCGGGUAGUUACCUGGAUUGGCGAGCCUGGUACACAGAGUUCUCUGCCGAGCAGGCUGAGAAAAACGCUGGUCGAGGAAAUGGGGGCUAGGGAUUUAGCUCAGUGGCAUAAGCGCCUGCCUUGGAAGCAGGCAAUCGCCAGUUCGAUCCCUGGUACCAAUAAAAAAAAAAAAAAAAAAAAAAAAAGAUAAAAAUAAAAAAUAAAAAACAAAAAGGGGGAGUAAGCCAAGGCCUGCCUCCAAAGGCACGAUUAUCCAUGGCACUAUUCACACACAAUUUUUUAAAUUUAAAUAAUGAUAAUCGCUCCCCAGCUGUGGAGCACUGCAACCCUUCCCCCAACCAUAAAGGGUGGGUGAAGUGGAAAGAUGUCCUGACAGGACAAUGGAUGGGCCCGGAUCCAGUGGUCAGCUGGAACCGAGGCGCGGUUUGUGUUUUCCCACAGGAACCGGGACGAGAACCACUGUGGAUACCGGAGAGACUGACACGGGCAACAAAGCCCUCGACUGAAGAUCAGACCUGCCCUACUGGAGAUCCAUCACAGACCAACCAAUAAGAUGAAUAGAAAUAGCGGUAGCCCGAAAUGGACAAGAAGAUCCUCAGGCAUAUGCAUGGCUUGCUCAAUUGGCCCACGACCGAGUCUAGAUAUGGCGGGCAUCCCUCAUUCUCCUCCAUAAGGUGACAAUACACAGCAGGGUAGGUGAGUCAAUGACGGGUAAGAGCGUGCCUCCCCAGCACGACUCGACCUAAGCCAGGCCCUACCCCAUCCUGCACGUAAGCCGCUGGACUGUUAGAUGCUGCCCAGGUCUAAAUUUCUCUCCGAGGGGAUUUCUUUACGGAGAGGAAAUGAGUGCAAGCUUGUGUGCAUCCAGGUUCCGUCCAGUUUGUGCCUGGCCCUAGAAAAAGGACGAGGGCCUCAGGGUCUUGGCAGACCAUGGCAUGGCCAACCAGGGUCUAAGCCAAGGACCUACGGUGGGCCUACACAUAGGGCAUAAGCCUCUGCACCCAGUCCAGGAAGGGCUACGAUGCGCACAUUCAUAAAAAAUAAAAUAGGGGGAGAUGUUGGGAGCCGCGUCUGUGAUAGCUCGCCUUGCGCGGCGGACGUGCGGCCUGUGGUAAAGAGCGGAGCCUGGGGUAGAUUACCCCUCCCAUCAAAUAUGUUAGUUUCCUGCUUACCGCGUAAACAACCCGCUCAACAAUAUAGUCUGCCUGGCAACUGAUGAUGUUAGCCAAUCAGCUUGCCUUGCUUACUUUAACAUGAUUGGACACUGUACCCGUAUAUAUACCGGUGCCACCCCUGGGCGGAAGAAGAAGCCAGAUAGAAGCCCGGAAGUAGAAGCCCAAAAGGAGCCGCGGAGAGCGGACCGGUAGAGGCUUUGGGGCAGACUGAAGCACAAAAGGAGCCGCGGGGAGCGGACCAGAGGAGGCUUCAGCUGGGAGAACCCAGGGCAGGCUGUACGGAGAAGGAAAAUAAAAAGAAAAGGUUGUCCACUACCAGA